UUUUUCCUUUCGCUAUCACUUUAACAGUAAAAACAAACAGAACACACACACACCUCUCUCUCUCUCUCUCUCUCUCUCAGUAUGAGGAUCCGUCCUUUAGCACUCGUGCUUUUCACUCUUAUCUGCUUGCCCGCGCUCGUGCACGCGCGAGCCGCCGCCGAGGAGAGCGUUGUCCACGAGCCGAGCGCGCGCCCGCGCGAGCGCUCCGGAUUGCCCGGGUUCGACCCCGGAGACCCGGCCCCGGCUUUCCGGGUCCAGACUUUAGACGGGGAGUUCGUCUAUCCGCUCAGCGCGGCUUCCAAAUCCUCCUCCGUCAUCAUCCACGCGUUCACGAAUAAAUCCGCGUUCCUGGAGUGUCUCUGGUCGUCCAACUCGUCCGUGUCCGAGCUGCUGGAGUUCCUUCCGCUCAGCGCCGAGGUUCUGUUCCUGUCUCUGGACGACUCCGCGGCCCAGGAUGCGCUCUGGAUGAGAGAGCAGGUGUACAGGGUCGUCUCCUCUGUAGGGCACAGGGGUAAGGAAAUUUUAUCCAGGCUUCAUUUCUCCCCCAUCCCCAUCUACGCCUUGGGGAACUGGAUACCCAGAGUGCUCUACUCCUGGGGAUGCGGCGGACACAACUGUGGUCUGGCGCAGGCGGUGUUCACAAGUCCAGAGUGGAAAUUUCCGGUGAUCACAAAGCGCCUGAACGCCAGGUACGACUGGCUGAAUGGCCGCUGGGAAAAAGUGCAAUACGUCCUGGUCGGGGCAGGUGACGGCUGCAAGCCCUUUCCUGCAGCCGCCGGAGCUGUGGCCUGGGUUUCUGAAAGCGGCUGCUCGUUUUUCGCCAAGAUUAAAGCCAUGGAAGAUUCCAAAGCAGUAGGUGUGCUGGUUUAUGCAUUACCUGGCAACCCAAUCCAGGACAUGAAUUGCACUGGAGAUGAGUGUAACACCACCCUCAACAUUCCUGCGGCUAUGCUGCACUUCCAGCCUGCUGUAGAUCAGGCGCUAUCAUCUGGGAAGAAGGUGAAUGUGACGUUCCAGGUCACUCCAUCACCCAACUUUUUUAUUGCAAUAGACCAGCAGGGGGCGCUGGCAGAAAUGGGCUGGUUCCUGUAUCCAACAUUCCGUUUCAUAAGCUGGCAGGCAGAGUGGUUUGACUUCAACGCUGGCUUGCUGGAGCGAGUUAAACGUCCUGCUGCUGUCGUUCCUGUGUUUAAUAAAACGCUGAUGCAGGGAGAGGCGGGAGCUCGGGCCGUUAUCACACUUCCCAAAGACUUGUUGGAGUUUGACAUGCUGGAGCUGGACGCGGCGUUGUCCUGCCCCGGCCGCAGGGACGAGACGUGCGCUCACUGGGAUCACACGGUGCAGCUGUUCAUCUGCUGCGAUCACUUCAGUCCUUACUGUAACAUGGAGCUCGGCCGCUGGAUCACCGCCUUCCGCAGAGGCACCGGCCGCUGGCUGACAGACGUGUCUCCGCUCCUGCCUCUGCUGAACAGCGAGAGCUGUGCUCUGGUCAUGAAGACCCCGCCCUGGGCCAUGCCCUGGAUCACGUCCCUGAACCUGCGCUUCAGCCACAGCAACCGCUCGGAAAACGCAUCUGAAAAGCUUUACCCCUUCAUGCUGAAGUUUCUGUAUGAGGGCGGAACCUUUGACAGAGAUUACAACUCCAGAUUUCAUGAGAUCAACUUUACUGUUCCACCUUCAACCAAAAAGGUGGAGCUAUACGCUGUGAUCACAGGCCACGGCAGCGACGAUAACAACUGCGGUGAAUUUUGCGUCACGUCGCACUUCUUCCUCGUCAACGGCGUCCGCAACAAUUCGCUCACGUUUCACACGGCUGAUAUGCCACUGGGGUGCGCCAUGCGUGUGGGUGAGGGGGCGGUGCCUAACGAGCACGGCACGUGGCUGUACGGUCGAGCCGGCUGGUGUGACGGACUGCAGGUGGACCCCUGGAGGAUCGAUCUCACGCCACAGCUUAACCUGAGCAGUUCCAACACCAUUCUCUACUUUGGACUUUAUGAAGGACGGAACCCCAAUCCUACCAAAGACCCAGGCUACAUCAUCAUGUCCUCUUAUCUCAUUUUUUAUAAGUGAUUCCCGAGAAGGAAUUAAAUCUGUAAAGAGUCGCUAUUCACUGUAAAUCCUGAUUAAAAAAAAAAGAUAUUUUUGAA